AUGCCUGUCAACGAAACUACCCAGUUACUAACGAGACCUCAGGAUGAACAAUCCUCUGAUGGACAAUCCUCCGAUCACGGAGAUGACAGUAUAGAAAGCAGUGGCCGAAUAAGACUGGCCAUAUUCAUUGCUUACCUAGGUGCCUUUCUAGCAAGCUCGGAUGAAUCUCUCGUCAUUGCCACCUACGAUAUCAUCGCCUCCGAGUUCCACGAGUUAUCAAAGGGUUCAUGGCUGGUUACAGGAUAUAACCUAGGCUAUUGCAUUUCGUUACCGGUGUAUGGCACUCUUGCAGAUACUUGCGGCCGCAAAACAUCCAUGCUUUUGGGAUACCUCUUAUUUGCACUUGGGUGUCUGAUUUGCUCCACCAGCGAUUCCAUGACUCAAUUGAUAGCUGGGAGAGUCAUCAGUGGUGCUGGUUCUUCGGGCAUGGUUGUCAUGAUAUCCAUUCUGAUCACAGAUUUGGCCGCUCCGAGCGACGUCGCAUUGCUGCGCAGCUACACCAACGUGGUGAACAUGAUCGGACGGGGCGUGGGAGCUCCUUUGGGGAGUUUGAUGGUGAACUCGCUGGGCUGGAGAUGGGCGUUCGCCGGUCGGCUACCUCUCAUCCUGCUGUGUCUGCUUCUGUCCCGGGUUCAGUUCCCCAUGAAUCGCAAAGAAUCCUCUACCACAGUCGCCGAAACUUCCAAUAUUGAGAAGGUCAAACGUCUGGAUUAUUUUGGCAUUGCCAAUUUUGCGGCUGCUGUUGUCACCCUACUGCUAGCUUUGACCGCAGCCGGGACGGUGGACGCAAAGACAUCCACUGUCUACGCGUUGCUAGGAGUGUGUGCAAUGGCCACAGUCGUUUUCGCCUACCAUGAGUGCCUCUGGGCGACGAAGCCGCUGGUUCCUCUACGAUUGAUCACCCAGGGUAUUGGGCAGUAUUGGCUGGUGCAAGUGAUAUUAUUCAGCGGACGGAAUGGGGUCAUUGCCACAAUCACACAAUACAUGACGCAGGUUAAAAAGAUGCCCGAGGAGAGGGCGACAUUCUUCCUUGUUCUGUGUACCAUGGCUCUGGCGGGAGGUUCGAUCAUCUCGGGGUUCUCAAUCAAACGAACCAAACGUUACAAGAAGAUGAGUAUCAUCUCUGGCGUGGUCAGCAUCAUCUCAUCUACCCUGCUUUUCUUCUCCUGGCACUUUGAUCGCCCCGUCUGGGAGUCCCUCCUCGUCAUACCCAUGAGCACGCCCAUCGGCAUCAUCAUCUCGGGCGAGUUCAUCGGUAUGACGACUCGAGCACCUCAGGAAGAUCUCGCUGCCUGCGUCGGGGCAUACUAUCUCAGUCAGCAGUUGGGGAUCAUCCUCGGCGCGUCUAUCGCCCCGUUACUCGUUCGGACUGGGUUCAUGCAUGAUAUGGCAGGACGCUUCGGGGGGGAGACCCAAGAGAUUGUCCGCCACAUUCUCAGCGACUCCAAAUACAUUGACACCCUGCCGGCGGGUAUGCAGGAAGUCGUCCGAUCGAGUCUGCAGUACGGAUAUCAGUUUAUUCCUGUGUUUGCUACGGUGACUGCGGCGGUGUGCUUGCCAAGCUGGAUUCUGACGCGCGAGGAGCGUGUGGAUUGA